AUGAACGACGAGACACAAUUUACAGAAAAGGCAUUGAAUGUCUUGACUAUAGCACAGAAGCUUGCAGAAGAUCAUCAACACCCACAAUUGCAGCCCAUUCAUUUACUUGCUGCCUUUAUUGCAACACCAGAGGAUGGUUCUGUUUCAUACUUACAAAACUUAUUUGAUCAGGCAAGAUAUGAUUACGAUCUUUUCAAGAAAAGUGUUAAUAAGCAUUUGGUUCGCAUAGCACAGCAACAUCCUGCUCCACAGCAAGUUACUCCUAGUUAUGCUUUGGGCCAGGUCUUACAAGACGCUGCCAAGAUUCAAAAACAACAAAAGGAUUCAUUCAUCGCCCAGGAUCAUUUAUUAUUUGCAUUAUUCAAAGAUUCUUCAAUCAAACAGAUUUUUAAAGAUGUUCAAGUUGACGUAGAAUCUAUAAAGCAACAAGCUUUAAAAUUGAGAGGUAAUCAAAAGAUUGAUUCCAGAAACGCUGAUACCAAUACACCAUUGGAAUAUUUGAGCAAAUAUGCCAUUGAUAUGACUGAACAAGCCAGACAGGGUAAAUUGGAUCCGGUUAUUGGUAGAGAAGAAGAAAUAAGAAGCACCAUUAGGGUUUUAGCAAGAAGAAUCAAAUCUAAUCCAUGUUUAAUUGGUGAGCCUGGUAUUGGUAAAACUAGUAUCAUUGAAGGUAUUGCAUCCAGAAUUGUUGAUAAUGAUGUGCCCACGAUUUUGCAAGGUUGUAGAUUAUUCAGUUUGGAUUUAGCUUCAUUGACCGCUGGUGCCAAGUAUAAAGGUGAUUUUGAAGAAAGAUUGAAAGGUGUUUUGAAAGAGGUUGAAACGUCCACACAAUUGAUCAUUUUAUUCAUUGAUGAAAUUCAUAUGUUAAUGGGUAACGGUAAAGAUGAUGCAGCAAACAUUUUGAAACCAGCACUAUCUAGAGGGCACUUAAAAGUAAUUGGUGCCACGACGAAUAAUGAAUAUAGAUCUAUUGUGGAAAAAGAUGGUGCAUUCGAAAGAAGAUUUCAAAAGAUUGAAGUUUCUGAGCCUACUUUGAGACAAACAGUGGCCAUUUUAAGAGGUUUGCAACAAAAGUAUGAAAUCCAUCAUGGUGUUAGAAUUUUAGAUAGUGCAUUAGUUACUGCUGCACAAUUAGCCAAACGUUAUUUGCCAUACAGAAGAUUACCGGAUUCUGCAUUAGAUUUGGUUGAUAUUUCUUGUGCAGGUGUUGCAGUGGCUAGAGAUUCGAAACCGGAAGAAUUAGAUUCCAAAGAAAGACAGUUACAAUUAAUAGAAGUGGAAAUCAAGGCUUUGGAAAGAGAUAAGGAUGCCGAUAAUACCACUAAAGAUAGAUUACAAAAGGUCAAACAGUUAGAAGCUUCUUUGAAAGAAGAGUUAGAACCAUUGAGACAACGUUAUAGUCAAGAAAGACAAGGACAUGAAAAAUUAACAUCCGCAAAGAAGAAGUUGGAGGAAUUAGAAAAUAAAGCUAUUGAUGCCGAACGUAGAUACGAUAAUGCGACUGCUGCAGAUCUUAGAUAUUUUGCUAUUCCAGAUAUCAAGAAGCAAAUAGAACACUUGGAAAAUGAGGUUGCAGAAGAACAACAACGUUCUCAAUCGAUGAUUUCUAAUGUUGUUGAUUCUGACACUAUAGGCGAAACAGCAGCAAGAUUGACCGGUAUUCCUGUAAAGAAAUUAACAGAAUCAGAAAAUGAGAAAUUGAUCCAUAUGGAACGUGAUCUAUCAUCUGAAGUUGUUGGUCAAACUGAAGCUGUUAAAGCAGUUUCCAAUGCCGUGAGAUUGAGUAGAUCAGGGUUAUCUAAUCCAAGACAGCCGGCAUCAUUUUUAUUCCUUGGUUUAUCAGGUAGUGGUAAGACUGAAUUAGCAAAGACAAUAGCUGGAUUCUUAUUCAAUGAUAAAGAUAUGAUGAUUAGAGUUGAUUGUUCUGAAUUGAGUGAAAAAUAUUCUGUUUCCAAGUUAUUAGGUACAACAGCGGGUUAUGUUGGUUUUGAAGAAGGUGGUUUCUUAACAAAUCAAUUACAAUACAAGCCAUAUUCUGUUUUAUUAUUUGAUGAGGUGGAAAAGGCACACCCCGAUGUCCUAACUAUUAUGUUGCAAAUGCUAGAUGACGGUAGAGUGACAUCUGGACAAGGUAAGACCAUUGAUUGUUCGAAUUGUAUUAUUAUAAUGACAUCUAAUUUAGGUGCUGAAUACAUUAUUGGACAAGAAGGUUCAAAGAUUCAAGAUUCUACCAAGACUAAUGUUAUGAAUGUUGUUAAAUCACAUUUCAGACCUGAAUUUUUGAAUAGAAUCUCUAGUAUUGUUGUUUUCAAUAAAUUAUCAAGAAAGGCUAUUCAUAAGAUUGUUGAUAUCAGAUUGAAAGAAAUCGAAGAAAGGUUUGAAAUGAAUGAUAAACAUUAUCAUUUGGAAGUUUCUAAAGAAGCUAAAGAUUUCCUUGCUAGAUAUGGUUAUUCCGAAGAUUUAGGCGCAAGACCAUUAAACAGAUUGAUUCAGAAUGAAAUUUUGAACAAGAUGGCAAUUAAAAUUUUGAAAAAUGAAAUUCGUGAUAAAGAAACCGUCAGAGUUAUAUUAAAAGAAGGUAAAGAGCGUGGUACGGGUAAUAAUGAAGAUGAAGAAGAAAGUUUGGAAGUGUUACCAAACCAUGCAAGUGAGUAUGCAUACGAUGAAGAUAUGGAUAUUGAUUACGAAAAUAGUAGUAGUGACAACAUAGAUGAAUAUGAGCACGUGACAUCUGCCAACGUUGAUUAG